AUGUUGCCCUCCCCAACCUCCAGUCGCACACGCGAUACCGGGCAGAUGACAUCCAGAGGAAUGCGUAGGUAUACACCUCAACUUCUCACCUCAGAGUCGCUGGAGGGCUUGGAGCAAGCUGUUCCUCCAGGAAACUCGCCCAGCAAUACCAAGUACCAAAGUUGGAAGUUCGAUAAACCAUUGCCAGAUAUUCCGCGUGCGACUUCCAGUGUUUACAGCCCUGACGAUGAAGCGACUGGGGUGAUCGAGAGCCAUUUACCUCCUUGUCCUCGGAAUACUCUAAUGCCUGAGCCACCCCCGCGUGGGCCUUCAAGAGCUCACAGUCUGGGUUCCUCAGAGCACUACCAGAAGGCCAUGCAUGAACCUCCUGCAGACGUGGAUAUACACCUACGGGUUCUGAAGAAGUCGUUAUCCCUCCAGCCCUGUGGAUAUCGAUCGGCGCCGAAUUUACUCCUUGAGACAGCAGCUCCCGCAUCGCUUUCGGCUCCCGCAGGCCCAUAUCAUCCCCAUUAUGGGUGGUCGUGGGGCCUGAAAUCGAAACCUCGUUCUAUAUCGACUUAUGCACUCCAUGGUAGUUCCACCACUGCCGAUCCAAUUUUUCCUAUUUCAGAUAAAGCUAUUGAGAGCGUCGGCCCAAUGCUGCUCCUUCCCUCUUCCGGCUACCAUCAGUGCGGAAAAGAUGAAAGUCGGGGCUCAUCAUUGGCAAUGGUGGAUGAUAGCGGAUCAGAGAUGUGCCGCUCCGAAAUCCUCAGUGAGCGUAUUCGGCCUCGACGGUAUUCGGAGGAUGUCCCCCUUGACGUUCACAUGGAACACCCACAGAGAACGGGACUGUCUUCCACGGGCCAGCUUCCGGUGGCUAGAGCGCGAAACCACCGCAUCCAACUAGUCGAAACCCAACACCAAACCGGAAAUCGUACAGAGCUAUUUUCUUUCUACUCUAACAGCAGCGUAUCCGAUCACAAUGUACAUAUUACUCCCACACCCAAUAAUACCCCAACGGCCUCAACCUUUGCCCGUCGCACAACCAAACAACUUGCUGUCCCGAUCUCCGACUACCAGCGCUACGGACCGAAAGCGUGCAAAACUAAACGUGACCACAGGCCUGGCACCAUGUUCAAGCGCAGGAUGACGAAACCCAAAACAAAACGCGCCUCUCUUCAGCUGCCACCGUUGCCACCAUCUCCCGUACCACUUCGGCAAUACUAUCAGCAAAACCACCGUUAUUCUCAGUCGCAAUCACAAACACAAUGUCAAUCCCAAUUCCUUUCCACCCCCUUAACACUCCUCCCGCGCCGUAUGAAAUCCUUUCUCUCAAAAGCAUUUCAUAGCCGGAAUAUAACCACAUCCGUUAAACCCUUGCGGCCUCCACGGCCUCCAUCCCCUUCGCCGAUGAGGUACUUCCCCUCUCCUCCGCCACCCCCGCCACCGCCUCCACCACCGUGCCUCCACCCACCUACACAACAACAGCAAGAUGGCCAAUGGAACCAGCAGGAUAAACUACAGCAGGAGUGGCAAGAGCAGCAGCAGCAAUGUCAGCAAGAAAACCAGGAGAAAGAGCGGAGCCAAAGGGGGGGGAACUUGUUCCGAAGGAGUAUGGCGGUGACGAGGGAACGGUUGGGAUUGGGACCAUCAAGUACCGAUGUGCGGAAGAUGACAUUGAAGGAUCGAAUUGUGUUCGUGGGGCCAACGGAUCCGGCCGCGGUGGCGGAAGAUAGGGUUGAUGAAUGGGUUUGA